GGAAAAGAGGAAAGUCAAAUGAGGGCGAAUAGCUUGUACGGAGUUAAUCUCUCGCAGUGGUGAAGAGUGAUAGAGGAGAGAAGAGAGAAUCGAAGAAAGGAACGCGCGUGGCCACUUACAGCAGCAGCAGCGUUUCGUGAUAAGAGAAAGAAGAAAAGAAAGAUCGCGUCAGAGGAAUAGGAGAAAGGGAGAAGAGGGAAGGUGCACACAUGGCAGAGAGGGGGAAGUAAAAUCAGGCCAAAGUUUUAUUUGUCGUCGCUUGAUCAUUGACGUAGUCGAACUAACGGUGAAGAAGAGGAGGCGUCUGUGACGUCUCGACUGAUCGUAAAAAUCAGGAUUCUCGCCGGGUACAUCUUUUUUCCUGAACCGGUUGACCCUUAAGGUUCAUCAGCGAUCGGCGAAGCGAUCGAGCCACGAUGAUCGCGCCACGUGUCCAGCCGAUCGGUACGCUGCCCGACGAUGAGCCCGGUCGUUGCUCCAGCUGGAUUGCCAGACAGCCGGGCCAUGCAAACUUUUAUGACGACGAUCGACCCACUCUACCGUCUUGCCGAUUCGCUCGUGCACAGAUCCAACAAUCCCUUCCAGUCAGCGACUAUCGCUCGCUUAAUCCCUGCGCGGAGAGAUCUUACGACGAUCGACGCGGGGAUCCGACGUUCGAGUCGCUUCCUUAUCAAGCUUCCCUGCCGUGCGCGGAACCGUCGGCCUCUAUCGAGCAAUUGCAAUCUCAAUUGCAGCCGCCGCAGUGUAGCCAGUUUCGUGACUGUGCGCAAAAUCUGGUGCACGGGGGCGGCAAGAGCUGCCAGCUGGGCCCGAUUGACGUCGAGGAUCUAGCUCUGUACUUCGAGCCCGACAAACCGCCCUCGAUCAAUUGCCCUCCGCGUGUCUAUCGGCCAUCGUCGUCGUCGUCCGACUCGUCCAACUUUCGUCGAGCAAAGUCGACGAGGUACGGUCCCUAUCCAAGUUUGGCCAGCGGCUGCAAACCACUCGAGCGAUCUGGAUUUUCGUCCAGCGACGAGCUUCUGUUGCCCAGCGUGAAUUGGCUCGACGAGCGUGAAUUCUGCGACGAUUGUCCUCAACCGUUCGCAUUUUGCACCGAGGAACGAUGGCUCCAGUGUCCGGCGAGCGACCGUUGCCCUCUGUACGACACCGCCUACACCCAUGGACAAAACGUCCUGCCACCGUGCCUGCUCGAGGACCUGCGAAACGAGUGUCGGUUCCGAUACGGAUGCGACGAGGACGAGCAGCUACUCGAAGAUUAUUUGAGCAACGAGAAGAGGAAGGAGAAGUCACGGGACGCUGCACGAUGCCGUCGAAGCAAGGAGACGGACAUUUUCACGGAGUUGGCUGCCGCUCUUCCGGUGCCACCGGAACAGGCAGCUCAUUUAGAUAAGGCCAGUGUCAUGAGACUAGCAAUCGCCUAUCUCAAAGUUCGUUCCGUGGUCGAUUCCAUUCCAGGAACGGUGGCCAAGUCCGAAACGUUGAAUCAGAUGGACGAGUUAUUUUCCAAAGCUCUGAACGGGUUCAUGUUGGUAUUGUCCAGCGAUGGAAACAUGAUCUACCUUUCGGAGAAUGUCAGCGAUUAUCUCGGUGUCUCUCAGAUGGACAUGAUGGGUCAGAGCGUGUACGAGUAUAGUCACCCGUGCGACCACGAGGAGCUGCGGGAAUGCCUGUCCUCGAAGCCGCCCGAGAACAACGACAAACGCACGUGCAGUUUCUUCCUGCGGCUUAAGUGCACGUUGACCAGCAAAGGAAGGAAGGUCAAUCUGAAAAGCGCUUCGUACAAGGUGAUUCAUUGUACCGGUAGGUUGACAUACAUCCGCGAUCCAGCGUCGAGUCGAUCGGAGAACGAGGCGAACGAGGACGCGGAGCAGAAAAGCGACGACGAGGAGAACGAACGUGACACCGGCGCCUCGUUGGUGCUGCUUGGAUGUCCCAUACCGCAUCCCAGCAACAUAGAGAUACCUUUGGGACGUCACACGUUCCUCUCGAAGCACAGCCUCAGCAUGAAGUUCACGUACGCCGACGAGAAGUUGGCCGAGUAUCUGGGCUGGGACAGCGAGGAGCUAGUUGGACAAUCCGUUUUCGAGUUUCAUCACGCCCUCGAUAAUUUGGCUCUGGACAAGUCUUUCAAGUCGUUGUUCAGCAAGGGACAGUGCGAGACAGUGGCGUACAGAUUCCUUGGGAAGCGAGGCGGUUACGCGUGGGUCGUGACACAGGCGACCCUGAUCCACUGCACGAAACAGCAGAAACCACUGUCGGUCGUCUGCGUGAAUUACAUUCUAAGGUAGGAUCUCACCGAUCGAU